UCUGUAUUAUCAGCUGUAGCCGCCAGGUGUCUGAAAUAUGUUAUUCUCGACGUCGUCGCCAGGAAUUUUGAAUUAAAAACUUGUCAAAAGUCAUGUCCUCGCCGACUGCCUGCUGAGCCUAGUAGACUAUGCUAACUUCAUCCACCUGCCGCGAAACAAGCUAAAUUUCACAAAAUGCCUCUACCUGGAAUGUCGCGACACAACGUUGUUUACCAAUUUCGCCCGUACGAACUGAAGAAGUUGAAGAAGAAAUCGAUCGAGGAGUCGGCGGCGAGUCUUCCAGAUCCCAGGAGUGGUCAUCGGAUAGCCUGCAAUGAGUCGGAUAUUUUCUGCUUCGGUGGCUAUAGUCCUGGAUCAGAGGACACAGCGGACGCUGGCAAUCUGUUUCAGGAACUGUGGAAGUAUAAUAUUUUCUCAAAACGAUGGACACUGGUGAUUGCACCUGGAGCAGACGAUAUGCCGAAAGAAGUGGCAUCCUGUACGGCUACAAUUCAUGGCAAUAUUUUGGUGAUCCACGGCGGCACGGGCUUCCCUUUUGGCGAAUCAUCAUCAAACAAAUGCUAUGUAUUUCAAACAAGUGCUGUGGAACCGAGUAUCGUAGAACUAGAGGCAACCGGAGAACAUCCAAAAGCUCAGUACGGGCAAGCAGUAACAAUAGCCGACAACUUUCUAUACUCAAUAGGAGGGACAACAGGGUUUGACUACUCAUGUGAUGUUCAUCGUUUGGACUUAGUUCACAAAGACUGGAAAUGCAUGUACACAUCGAAAGGCAACAUCCAAGACGAUCCGAGCGGACGCUACAGACACGGAGUAGUUCAUUGUGACGGACUCUUGUACGUUUUAGGUGGCGGAACAUCGAAUUCAGUAUUCGAUUUAGAACAAAUUCCUGUUUUCAACUUAGUUUCCUGUAGUUGGACGCACGUCCAAACGAAGCCCGACGAACAUGCUGGACGACCAUAUGGUUAUCCUGCGCCGCGACGCUGUCACUCUUGCAUUCAGUACGAAACUGAAAAUGGCACUGAAGCCAUUAUAGCCGGCGGGUGUGGAGAGAAUCUGUAUUUCACCGAUAUUUGGAAAUUGAACAUAAAAACAUUAAAGUGGACUUUAAUGAAAGCUGCUCGAUUGCCUCGACCCCUAUUUUUCCAUGACGCAUGUAUUACAAACAAUUCGUGUAUGUAUAUAUUCGGAGGGAUACAGGUGAACGGACGCUCGUGGUCUAGGACAAAUGAUUUAAUGAAAAUGUGGGUAAGGAUACCGAAACUUAGUGAGAUUUGCUGGGAUGCCAUUAGUUAUUAUGCUCCUAAUUUAUGUAAAUUGACGAAAUUAGAACUAUUACGCCUUGGAAUACCGAAAGAGUUUGCUGUUCGAAUAAACAGUGUUUAAUAAAAAAUUUUCUGAGUUA